AUGCUCUUCAUCUUCCAAGGCGCCUUCACCAUCGGCUUCCAGGCCACCGUCUGGGUCUACCCCUCCGAGAUCCUCCCUCUCCGUCUGCGUCAAAGAGGUUCUUCCAUCUCCACAGCCUGCAACUGGAUCCUCAACUUUGUUAUUGUCUACAUCACUCCCCCUGCCAUCAGAAACAUCGGCUGGAAGACCUACAUCAUCUUUGCAGUGCUUAAUGCAGCAUGGGUACCCAUCAUCGUGAGUUUCUCAAGGAUCUAUCCUGUUAUUACACGACGUCUAACAGCUUGUUACAGUNACAUGUUCUUCCCCGAGACCAAAGGGCUUGCAUUGGAAGAUGUGGACAGGCUGUUCGUCAAGGAAGGAUUCGAAGAGGGGUUUGACGCCGCGAUGAACGAGAAGGCUGUCGAAUACCGAACCGACAUGAUCGAGAAGGUCUGA